GUGUACAUGUGUACUGUACAUGUAGCUCAGUUUUCCUUCCUCUUGUGGUUGUUCAUUCAAUCUUGGCAACUGUCAAGUUACAAAGUAUGCGGAACUAGGGGUUGCUGGGCUCAAACAAGCACUGCCGGACACCAUAGCAGGUGUCAACACCGUGGUAGUACAUGCACAUGUACCAAGCACAGAGUGUCUUCAAUUGAUCAGCUUUGCUUUUUUUGAAGUCCCAUCACUCCGUCAGACCGUGGUAACUUAUUUCACACAUCAGUUGGCCGUGUACUGCAAGUCCAAGGCAUUGGACUUCGUUACUGAGAUGAACGUGAUGAUAGCUGCUGGUUUCAUUUGCCUGGCCCUACUCACCCAGGGAUGUGCAGGCCAGAGGCAAACCACACCGGCACCAGUCUAUUCAAGGACCUACAUUGUUUUAGCUCCUAACACCAUUCACCCUGGCCUACCCCUGAGCCUGAGUGUCUCCAUCCUGGAUGCAGCCAGCGAUGUUGUGGUGACAGCCACCAUUUUGAAAACUGAAGAGCUGACCGAGACUUCUGUGGUUUCAGUGUCGGAAACAUUCUCCCCGGGUGCAACCAGAGUUGCUGGUCUUGUGAUGCCAGCUGAUGAGCAGGGUGACUCAUACAAGCUGCGCAUCGAGGGGAGUGGAGGGCUUGAGUUUUCUCAGACGGAGGACUUGAAGUUCUCACCAAAGAGCUUUGCCAUCUUGGUGCAGACGGACAAAGCCAUCUACAAACCCGGACAGACAGUCCAUUUCAGAGCUAUGGCAAUUUAUCCUGAUCUGAAGCCCUACAUGGGAACAUUUGACGUCAUACUGAAGGAUCCGAAUGGCAAUGUUAUCCAGCAGUGGAUGAAUCUUCAGAACACUACCUACGGCGUUGUCUCUGGGGAGACAGUCAUGUCAGAGACUCCCGUACUGGGGGAUUGGGUGAUCACAGUCACGGCUAAUAACAAUGCGUACGAUCACACAAUCACUAUUGAUGAAUAUGUUCUGCCGAAGUUUGAGGUGACUGUCACACCACCACCUUACAUUGUUAGCACAGACACCCAGGCUACUAUCUCAGUGGAAGCUAAGUACACAUACGGGGAGCCAGUGAAAGGAACUGUUUCAAUGGACCUGCAGGUGUUGGGUGGUGGGAAACCAUACCAUGUUGAAUUUGAGAUUGACGGCAAAGGAGAGACAGUGGUGACAAAGGCCGAGCUUGCUGAUCUGUAUUACGGCAAUCUGUACAGAUGGGCGAGGUUCACCUGCACGGCCAACGUGACUGAGUCCUUGACUGGCAUCCAGCAGACCGGAGUCGGUUACUUCGGCUAUGAGGAAAAACCGAUUAAAGUGGCUGAAUUGCCAGGAAACCCAGAGGUGUUCAAGCCAGGCCUGCUGUACACAGCUUACGUGAAAGUGACCCAUGUCGAUGAGACCUCCUUAACUGAUGCAGAGAGAAGGCGCCGGCUGGUGGUCACCCACAGUUACACGGUGUCGGGAAGCAGAGAGUCAGUCGAUGCGAUUGAUGCAGAGGUGGUCAUCCCAGAGGACGGCAUCAUUAAACUCGACUUCAGCUUUCCCACCGAGGCGGUUUCGGCCAAUUUCUUGGUUGCUUAUUACUACGACAACAAUGAACGAGCCUAUGGGUAUGAUGUGCAAAAGUAUCUCAGCCCUGCCAACUCCCCAAGCAGUGAGUUCCUGCAGAUCAUUGCGCAGGGUGCCAGCCUUCAGGCUGGGACUCAGGCCAGUUUUGAGAUCAGAACAACGGAGGUGCCGCCCAAGCUAACUUAUCAGGUCUUUUCCAAGGGAAACAUUGUUCUGGCCAACUCCCUCACCAGUGUCACUUCCACUAAUACAGUCCUCACCAUUGACGUGACGUCAGCCAUGGCGCCUCAGGCUCGUCUGGUUGUGUCAUAUGUCCGGCCCGACAAUCACGAGUUAGUGCUGGACAGCAUUAACAUCAACGUGGAAGGAGCCUUUGAGAAUGAGGUGACGAUUAAUUUCAACAAGGAGGAGGUGGAACCUGGAGAAGGCAUUAAGUUGGACAUAACCGCCGAGAGAAAUGCUUAUGUGGGAGUCCUGGCUAUUGACACCAGCGUUAUGCUUCUCAAGACUGGAAAUGACAUCACACAGAGCAUGGUGGUAGAUGCCCUAGAAGACUUUGACACAACUAGCAGUGGAAACGAUGGCUAUGUGUAUGACGUUGGAUUCGGACGGGCAGUGGCUCGAAGGAAGCGCUCAGCCUGGUGCUGUGGCUGGUGGCCGUUCCCCAUCCCGGGGGAUACCGCCCGUGAGGUUUUGAAUUCGGCUGGCAUACUGGUGUUCACUGAUGCCCUAGUGUAUGGGGAGACAGCACCGGAUGUUUAUUUCGCCCGUGGCGAUGUUCUGUUUGACGCCAUACCUGCAGCUGCUCCAGGAGCUGCCGUGCCAGAAAGUGCCAAGGCAGAUAGUGCCGGGGCACCUCCAAAUGCAGCUCCGCCCCCUCCAGAGCCCCGGGUUCGCACUGAGUUUCCUGAGACUUGGCUGUGGAGUGACUAUAUUGCUGGAGAUGAUGGGCGUGUAAGGGUGGCCUCCACUGUGCCAGAUACUAUAACCUCAUGGGUGGCCAGUGCGUUCUCCAUGUCAGCCCAGACUGGCAUUGGCGUGGCGGAAUCCACUGCUCAGUUGAGAGUCUUCAGACCCUUCUUUGUCUCACUGACGCUGCCGUAUUCGGUGAUUCGAGGAGAGAAAUUGGUUCUACAGGCCACUGUCUUCAACUAUCUAGCCUUUCCAGUACAGGCAACUGUCACUUUAUCAGGUUCUGUUGAAUUCCAAAGUCUGAGCUAUGACGAGAAUGGAUCUGAGAAGAUUUCCAACUCUGAUCAGGUGAAGUCAGUCAAGGUCCCAGCCAGUGGAGGUGCGACUGUCUACUUCCCCAUACUGCCUCAGAAACUGGGUACGGUGGACCUGUCAGUCAGCGCUACCACAGAGAAGGCUGCUGAUGCUGUGGUCCGGCAGCUUCUCGUUGAGCCGGAAGGCAUCCCUACCUCGUUCUCGGAGCCAGUCUUCAUUGACUUCAAUAGCACCCAGGGUACACUGUCAAAAGAAUUCACUUUUGGAUUUCCCAAGGACCUCUUGAUUCCGGGAUCGGUUCGUGCCCAGCUGACUGUCACAGGUGACAUCAUGGGUCCCACGAUGAGUGGGCUGGACAAGCUCCUGCAGUUACCAAGCGGCUGUGGGGAACAGACCAUGCUGUCGUUUGCACCCGAUGUCUUCAUUUAUUCCUACCUGGAGAGCACCAACCAAGACAACCCGACUGUGAUGCAGAAGGCCAAGGAUUUCAUGAAAAAAGGUUAUCAGCGAGAGUUGAACUAUCAGCACACUGAUCACUCCUUCAGCGCGUUUGGUAACAGCGACCCCUCUGGUAGCACCUGGCUGACGGCUUUCGUCAUCAAGUGCUUCGCCCAAGCUAAGCCCUUCAUCUUUAUCGAUUCGACGGUCGUGCAGCGCUCGGUGGAGUGGUUGAUUGCCCAGCAGACCAGGGACGGAGUCUUCAACGAACCCGGAAAAGUCAUCCAUACAGCCAUGCAGGGUGGUGUUUCGUCGGAUGUCACCAUGACAGCCUAUGUGUUGAUUGCUCUUGAGGAAGUCAAGGGGCAGAGAGUGGCUUUAAAUCUGCCACAGACGUUCUGGGAUCACGUGGACAACUCUAUCAGCCUGGCUGUGGGUUUCUUGGAGGAACAGUAUAACCGGGUCUCUGGGGACGUGUAUGCUGUGGCCCUGGUGACCUAUGCCCUAACACUGGCUGACAGUCAGGAUACAAGGUUCCUUGAUGCCUUGGAAAGAUUGGCUGUCGUAGAAGACGGAGUGAAGCAUUGGGUUGAUCCAGCCACAGCGGAUGAGCAAGUAGACGGGUGGUUCUGCUACUAUUACCCUCCGCCCUCAGCCGACAUCGAGAUGACGGGCUAUGCCUUGCUGACCUACCUGGCCAGGAAUGAGAUUGCCAGGGCCGCCCCAGUCGCGCGCUGGUUGACGGACCAGAGAAACGAAUACGGAGGCUACGGAUCCACGCAGGACACUGUGAUUGGUCUACAAGCUCUGUCUACCUACGCAGGCCGUCUCAGUAUGACUCCCAGAAACAUUUCCAUCGAUGUGACAGCAACCGAUUCACCAGACUACAGUAGCAGAAUCACCGUCAACGAUGGUAACUCCAUCAUCCUGCAAAAGUUAGAGUUACCGGUUACUUCAGGGACUGUACAAACAACUAUAUCGGGCACUGGUUCCUGUCUCAUGCAGUUCACUGCCUUCUACAAUCUGGCCGAGGUCCAAGUGCGUCCUUCUUUUGAGCUGACAGUGACCAUGCUGGAUUUGAACAAGAAUACAGUCAACAUAAUGGCCUGUGGCAGGUAUGUUGGAGGGAAUGACGUGACCGGAAUGUCCAUGAUUGAGAUCGGUCUGCCGUCUGGUUUCUAUGCUGACGAGGACGCUUUGAAGAGCGAGGUGAAAGCAAAAGAUAACCUGCAGAAGUACGAAGUUGGAAGACGGACCGUGUACUUGUACCUGAAUGCUUUGACAAGAAACACUGAAUACUGCUUCAAUGUUGUGGCCAGACGGGACAAGAUUGUUGCCAACUUGAAGCCCAGCAACGCAGUCAUCUAUGACUACUACAAGCCUGGUGACCAGACCGUGGUGAGCUACAGUUCCAAGUCUCUCUCCGAGUCCUCUGUGUGCCAGACAUGCCCGACCUGCUGCGGUCUGGACCCAGACAGCGCAGGCGUGCGCCUUACGGGGCAAGUCGUCCUUGUCGCUGUGGCAACUCUUCUCUCAAUUCUCUACUAGACUGAGAGGAACCUCUUGUGUGGACGCAUGAGUGAACCUGAAAUAUGUCUGUAAGGGUGCUUGCAAUUCAUAUCUGCAGCUUUAAUAGACAUUCAGAAGUGAUCAUAUAUUGGGCCAGGAUCUUGUAAAGGUGUCAUCUAUUCAUUCUAAGAGGGGCAAUUAGUUAAACAUAUAUAAAUAUCUCAUAGUUUUCGAUUGUGACAGUCUUGAAAAUAGGCCUAAUUACAUAUUUGUGCUUUGAUCAUAGUCUGUCACAUGAAUGCAGUUUAUCAUAUUACUGCUCCUAAUGAAUAUUUCGUAUCUUUUGUAUUAGUAAUAUGGGUUGGGGCAAUUUCUGUGAAGUGAAACAGUGUGUGAGAAUUAUUCAUAUUAAAAUGUAAUGGUCACAAGUUACGGUUUCAAUUAUGGUGGGAUCAUGGUUGAUGGAAGUUAAAUUGAUAAUAUGCUCUCGCAAGGGAAUAAGAGUGUGAUGUGUGGCUUUAAAUGGUAUAAGGAAAACCAGUUAGGAGCCUGUUAGGGUGAUAAUGGACCAAGGCACGGCAGAGGUCUGUUAUCAUUAUCAGGCGGCUAGCAGGUUUGAGAUGUGCUAGAUUAAAACUAACCUGUCACCCUUUCAUUCCUAAUCACAAAUGCCAUUCUUUGGUGAAAAAGUAACAACAAGCCAGAUUCUUUUUUGUUCAUCAAUUUUACCUCGUGUUUUGUGAAACACCCCUCAAACCGUAUCUAUGAUUUGUACCUCGAGCGCGCAUGACCAAAAUCCCCUCGUAUGGGAAUUUGCGCAUGCGGUGCAUUUGCUGGUGCGGAGGGAAACUCCAACCCACAAAAGGGAAAAUGAUCGGUCAUAUUGUGCAUGCCUGAAGUGAUUGUCAUGUACAUGUAUUAGGGCCGUCAUCCAUAAAAGAAGAGUCCAGCUUUCAUGUGAAACCCAGAAAGUCUUUGAAAUCAGUUGGUACAUGCACUUUUAUUAUCUGCUAAAAAACCACCCAUGUGACAAGGUCUCAACCAAUAGGAGAGUGUAAACCGUUUGAGCUGUAUAUUAAUAGACAUAAAUAGUUGCAUCUUAUAAAGUGUAAUUUAACUGCAUGAUGCAUUCUACUCAUUAAAUGUAUUGGAACUGCAUGUGUUUUAACUUGUAAAAUAGUGCAGAAACAGUUUGGACUGUUGCAGAGGUCUGGUAGGCCCGUAACGGCAGGCUUUCGCAUUGGGUUUGGCAUACCUCAGAAAAACAAAGUCCAACAGCCUCUGUGCACAAAGUCCCAUAUGGGUGUUUAACUUUGUGUGAAUGGGAAAGGUUAGGGUUAAUGGCAGUCAUUGUUUGGGUAGCUUUCAUUAUUUAAAAGGUCCUAUGGCUGUGUACUGAAAAAACAAAUUUUCAAUUAUUUAGUCAUCAAUUGCAGGUUAUAUUUUUACGUUUUAGUUUGGAGCAUUUUGUUUUGUUUUGCAGAUGCGUAUUUGUAUAUUCAAUGAGCCAAAUUAGUAUGCCAUCUCAGGAAGAAAUCUCAUUAGUUAUUUCUGCACCAUCAUGUGCCAGAUUUCGGGCAGUUUUGCUUUUUUCCUUUUUGUCGUAGCAGUUCAUAACAUUAGGCUGGUAUUAAGAAAGUUUUCUGAUAUAAAACCUCCAGUGGGUGAACGGAGCACGGACGUGUGAAGUCGGUUGCUAUGUUGUUGGCUCUACACAUUAACUAGUCGGCUGCACCAUCCAUUGCAGAACCACAAGGAUGCUGCUGAGUGACUGUUUGUUUUUACGUCCACCACCUGGGCAGUGGAAAAAAAGAUGACCUAUUCAUCUCCCAUUUUGGGUGGGUAUCGUAAGUCCGACGCCUCUGAAGUCCGACACCUCAAAAGUCCGAAUUUUCGGACUUACGAGGUGUAUUAGAAAAAUUCACCAAACUUGGAUCUAUUAAGGGAAAAAAAUCCUCUCGAAAGCACAAAAGCAUUUUAUCAUGCCCACUGUAGAGGAACACAGAUUUGCCCUAACUUUUGAUACUAGAUGAAAGGCCUCAGUUACUGUGCUUUUUGAAAUGACUUGACUUCAGUCGUUUGAGAAGCGUGAAAAGUAAGGUUCAAAUGUUAUUUCAGCCCUGGACUUGCUGAAAUCACCCGGUGGAGUGAUGAAAGUUUAAACACAUGUCCAACAAUACUUGACUCUGACUGCACAAGACCAGUUGUGUCAAGAUUUGUAAGCAAUUCCAGCAAAUGAACAAUUGCAGUUCAAGUUGGUAGAAUGUUUUCAUUUGUGACAUUUAAAGCGCGUGUCUAGUGCCAUCUUGUGUUUGUAUACAUUUGGUCAACAGUGAAUUUAAUUAAUACCAUUUUGUGAUUUGCUCUGUGAAAAUCUGUCACAAGACUAUUAUUUUUUUCCAGCGAUUCCUAUUUCUGUUUGUAUGAAAAAGAGCAACUCAAGCCUUACGUGUUGAUGUAUCCCUCGGUUUGGCAUUUUGAAGAAAAUUGACAAUAUUGGGGAGAAAAAUUUGGCUUAUUGUUUUACAUUGUAAAAGAUUCUUUCAAAGGCCAUUAACUUUCAAGUGGCUCUGGCGACUUGAGACUCAUUUGCACAGAGCAGGUCAGAUAUUUGCUUGUUAUCUGUAGCUGUAAAUUUGCUAUGCACAUGUAUAUUUUUGGCUGGCAUUGAACUUCAAACUGCCUUGAAAAACUUUGUUGAACAGAUAAUUUUGAUACUAAAGAUUGUGGCAUAAUUUCCAUGGGGUUUGAAAUUGAUAGCAUUGUAUAUACUCUGUCAAGUACUUGUAAUUUUAAAGUAGACAUUUGAAAUAAUUAAAUGAUGCAUAUUCACGAAUGAAAAACUACU